AUUGAAACCUGAAGCGGUAGAGGGGGCGUUUCAAAACAGAUAAUCUGGACAUUUUCCAUAUUAGUAAAUGAACGUAUUUUGAGCACAAAUGUGUUUACUAUUAUUGAAAUAUCAAGCAAAAAGUGGUGGAAGCAAAAACUCGGGACAGUAUAAAACUGGUAUUUACAAGAAUCAACGUCAGAAUGCGGAAUCUGGAGUUACUCUCUGUAAGACAAGUGGAUGCUGGUGGAGAAUUUCAAGGAGCACAGUGUGUUUGUGUUGAUUAUGACUCGGGCAAUGUGUUUGCUGCCUCACCUGCUACUAUUGUAGGACUUUCUCCACAAAAUGAACAGGUUAUUGGUAGUGUCAGACUUGAUCAGUGUGAUGAGCUUCCACCAGAUGGAGUCAAUAAGAUCGUUGGGAUGGAGUUUCUCCCUGACCAGCAGUCUGUGUGUGUGGCCACAGAUACAGGGAGUGUGUUAUUGUGGAAUGUAGCGUCGGGAGUGAUAGAGAACGUUGGGGAUGUUGGUAGUGGCAUCAGGGCAAUGUCAUGGAGUCCGGAUCAGGAAAUUCUGGUUUUAGCGACAGGUCAAGACACCUUGAUUAUGAUGACAAGAGAAUUUGAUCCAAUUACUGAAAAAUCCAUUCACCCAGAUAGUUUUGGAGCAGAGGAAUUUGUGAAUGUUGGUUGGGGUAAGAAGGAGACACAAUUUCAUGGUUCACUGGGAAAAGAAGCAGCUAAACAGAAGAGUGAGGCGAUUCAAGCAGCUCUACCUUGGGAUGAUAAACAUCCCAGGAUAAGCUGGCGAGGAGAUGGACAAUACUUUGUUGUCAGUUCAAUAUGUCCAAAUACAGGUGCUAGAAAGCUUCGAGUUUGGAACAGAGAGUGUGGGCACCAGUCAACCAGUGAGAAUGUGGACGCCAUUGAGCAAGCACUUGCUUGGAGACCCUCUGGAAGUCUUAUUGCAUCAACCCAAAGAAAGCCCAAUAAACAUGACGUGGUUUUCUUUGAAAAGAAUGGCCUUCGUCAUGGAGAAUUUUCUUUGCCAUUUGGUGUUAAAGAUGUACAGGUAAAAGAACUACUGUGGAAUUCUGAUUCCACUGUAUUGGCCCUGUGGUGUGAAGACAUGGUAACAGAGGACUCAAAAGUUAAUCCCAAGUCAUAUAUUCAGCUAUGGAGUAUGAACAACUAUCAUUGGUACCUGAAACAAAGCAUCCCUUUUGAGGAGGACAGAGUUAGUUCCCUUACCUGGGACCCAGAACAUGUGUAUCGCCUUCAUGUUUUGUGUAGCAGUGGGAAAUACCUACAGUGUACCUGGCACUGGGCCACACACAGCAGUAACAACGCUCUCGUUGCGGUCAUUGACGGAAGUCGACUUUUGAUGACUCCUUUUCGACAGUUAGUGGUCCCUCCCCCAAUGUCUGCCUACUACCUACAGCUUCCUGCUCCUGUCAAUCUUGUGUCAUUUUGUUGUCAUGGAAACACAGAUGAUGUUCUUGUCUUGCUGGAUGAUGGAAGAGUGGCGGUGUACAGAUUUAAAGACAUUGACACCAAGGAGGAAAGUGUCAAACUAGACGGUGCUGGAGGCAAUAGUUUUCAGACAUGCUGUAAAACUCCAAAACUUGAAGGCAUCUUUAGGAUAACUGGCUUAUCUCAAACCUCACAGCUAUCUAAGCUGGUUCACCAUGUCAUUUGGUACAGCCCUGAGCAGGUUCUCCUUUGUUGCGUCGAUCCCCAAAGAUCCCAGCAUUCCACUCUGUACUCCUGUAAAUUCGAUGGAGAAAGUUUAGUUGUCAGAUCGCAGACACUGGUGGACGGUUCAGUCUACACGAUGAGUUGUGACCCUGAAUCUGAGGAUUCUGUUUUAGCUGUACAACUCACUGAUGGCUUUGUUCUGAAGUUUGAUAUUGGAUCUGAUUUGAUUAUGCCUUGGGAAUUGAGUUCUGGAGAGGAGUUGUCCUUCCCUAUACCAUGUCAACAGAUGGCCCUAUGUACUAUUGGAGAACAAAGAGUUGUGCUGGGGCUUACUAGUCGAUACAGGUUUUAUGUCAACAACACAGAGAUUUCUUCAAACUGUACCUCCUUCUGUGUACACAAAGAGUAUUUGCUGUUAACAACUUUGACUCACACAGUGCGGUGUAUUUGUAGGAAAACCAAAGUGGAAGUUUUACCUACAUUGUCGGAUGGGAAGGCCCACCCUUUUGAUGAGAGUAUUCGGCGUGUAGAGCGUGGUUCCAGAAUCGUCACAGUGGUUCCAGAUGACACCAAACUUGUCCUCCAAAUGCCUCGAGGAAACCUUGAGACCAUUCAUCCCCGCGCCCUUGUGCUAUCGGCUGUCAGGAGAAAUUUAGACGAGCUUAGAUUUUUAGAGGCCAUGACAGCAAUGAGGAGACACCGAAUCAACAUGAACCUGAUUUAUGACCACAAUCCCGAUAAGUUCCUGACCAAUGUCCAACUCUUUGUGCAGCAGAUAAACAACGUCAGCCAUAUUAAUCUCUUCCUGACGGACUUGCAGGAAGAAGAUGUAACAUGUACAAUGUACACAGCAGCCUAUAAUCGGUCACCCGUGACUGAAGAUUCGGAGCAGACAAACAAAGUGGACACAGUGUGUGAUGCCUUGAGAAAGGCCCUCCUUCAGGAGGAUGAAAACAAGUACAUAUUAUGCAUCCUGACCUCCUAUGUGAAGAAAUCAACACCUGAACUGGAAGAGGCCUUACUGCUGGUCAGAUCUCUCAGAGAUAACCCCAAUAAGAAUGCUGUGAUAAGCCCCGCGGAUGCAUUGAAGUACCUCCUAUUUUUGGUGGAUGUCAACGAAAUGUUUGAUGUGGCACUAGGAACUUAUGAUUUUGAUUUGGUGCUUAUGGUGGCUGAAAAAUCACAGAAGGAUCCAAAAGAGUACAUCCCAUUCCUGAACAGUCUGAGGAGAUUGGAGGGAUCCUAUCAACACUACACAAUAGACAAAUAUUUAAAGAGAUACUCGAGAGCUCUUCAGAAUAUCAGCAAAUGUCCUGAUCAUUUUGAUGAAUGUCUGACUUUAAUCAGCGAUCAUCAUCUGUAUAAGGAAGCCCUUCCCCUGUUCACUCUCGGAUCAGACAAAUACAAGGAGAUUGCAAAACUUUAUGGAAAAUAUUUGAUUGAGAAAAAGAAACCAGAGGAAGCAGGUCUAGUGUAUGUGAAGGCUGAAGAAUGGCAACUAGCUUUGGAUGCAUUCAAGUCCUGCAGCAACUGGAGGCAGGCCUUCUGUAUGGCUGCAAAAUUAAAGUACAAUAGGGAGAAUGAGGUGGAUUUGGGACAAAAAUUAGCCAAUCAAUUGAGGAACAACAAGAGAUAUAUGGAUGCAGCCAUUGUUUUAGAGGAGUAUGCCAAUGAUACUGAGGAAGCCAUUGUUUGUCUUAUUGAGGGGUGCCACUGGGAGGAGGCCCUCAGAAGGAUGUACAAACACACUAGAAUGGACUUCAUUGAAACAAACCUAAAGCCAGCAAUGGUGGAGAAUUAUGAAAGUCUAAUGGAAUCUCUGGAGACAAUGCGGGUAGAUUUUGAUAAAUACAGAAAAAGGUUAAAGGUUGUAAGGGAGGAGAAAGAAAGAGAAAGGCUGGAGUUUCAAGAGAGUGGUGCCAUUAAUGAUGCCGAUGCUGACCUGUUUUCUGACGCCAGCAGUGCCACAGGGGAGAGCAUCCAGUCCUCCAAGCACUCCAGCUCCCAGUCCUCUGCAUAUAGCCGCUCCACAGGUCGAACAUCAAGAAAUAGAAGGAAAGCAGAGCAGAAAAAGUGGAAGCUGAAGGAGGGCAGCCCCUACGAGGACUUCGCUCUGAUCGCUGCAUUGUCCAAGAUAAUCACUGCAGUUGAUAUCAUGAGAGAUGAAGUCCGUGGACUUGUAAAAGUUAUGAUUCAGUUUAAUAGUGAUAAAGAGGCAAGCAAAUUGCAAGAGACAUUUGGAGGCUUUUUAAGUUUGAUUGACACUUCUAUUCCUUCAAUAUGGAUGGAUGAUUCAGAGGAGGGGGAGGAGUCAGUGGUGCUUGGCCCGCAUGCUACAGCAAACACCAUAGCUCAAGCAGUACAGAGAGGGCAGAAUCUAACGACAAAAGAAAAACUAGAUCCUAUCAUUAAAAAUGCACCAACAUUACACAAAGACAUUAAAUGGAAAUUAAGUAUGCUUGAGGGGGCCAAAUCUUGAAAGAAUUGACGUACACAUGUUAUCUUAACAAUUAAAGAAUGUUAGCGCCAUGUUUUUGUUUGUUUUGUUUUUAAUUAUUACUUAUAUAACACAUGUACAUGAAUUGCAUUCAUAAUUUGUCUUUUUAUCAUUUAGUUUCAUAUUACAUCUUCUGCAGUACUGUAUGUACAGGAAAAUAUUUGCCCCCGUUUUAUGUUUGCCCUAGUUGGCAAGCGAAUUAAGACUGGGUGUAUUCCAUUUCUCAAAUUAUUAUUUUUAAUACAAGUUGUGUCUGGGCAAAUUCAAGACGGAAAUGAAACCGUUUGCAAGUGUAAUAGGGCAAAAUUAACAUAGGGUGAAAAUAACCCUGCAUAUAGUAUAUGAUUUAUAGUAUGUUUUGUUUAAUUAACGUUGUGAGAUUUCAAGUGCCCAAGAAAUGUGUUGAUGCUUUCUAACGUGCAGUUCAUCAAAUUUAUAUGGGCAGUAAGAAUUUAGAUAAUUUCAUAAAGUUUAUUAGUAAAAAUAAUUUUUCACAAAGCAAAGAGAUCUAUUCAUUUUUUAUGUCAAUAUUUUAAUUUAGUGCAUUAUUCCAUAAAGCUGACAUGAAUUCUUAAUUUAUUUGGUCGCCAUAUUAGUUUCGAUUGCUCCUCAACUGCAACUGGGGUAUAUUGUCGAUAAAGUUAUUGUCGGUUGCUUUGUGAUCAAGGCUUUUAGAUUGCACAGACUUCUAAAUGUAUGAACAACACAUUGUAGAAAUAUAAGAAAAAUGAAUGUAUUUAUGAAUUCCUAUCAGUUUUAAGUAGCUAAAACAAAAGAGAAAAGCAAUGAUACAUGUGCAUAAACAUUUAUUGUCACUAAGCACUCUUGCAUGAUUGACAUAUAACAACAAAUGUAAAUGUUUUAAAAAGAGCAUCAAUUUUUUUCAAAACAAAUCAAAAUGAAAGAUAAAAUCAAAAGAGCCAAAAAAUGAAAGACAUUUUGUGAGAUGUUUGUCUGUUCGAAGAAAGCAAUAAGCUUACAAACACACACAAACUUUUUACAGCAUAUAUUUUAUGGUUAUUAAAUCAAAAUUUUAAAAAAGAUGGCACUCAGACCAUUAAAAUUUGUUCAAGACAUUUGUAAACAAAAACUAUUGAAUAUUUCUUAAAACGAUAAAAUUACACCAAAAUAGGUGUAAAACAAUAUUUUCUCCAGUUUUAACAAUUCACAGCAAUAAAUAUAAUGUAAAAGUAAAGAUUCAACAGAUAAUACUGAAAAUGUUAAAAAAAAUAAUGAAACUAUCACAGCAAUAACAAGCAUAAAAACAAUUAAGGGUUUAAUCAACUUAUAAUUUUCCCCAUAGGAAAUUUACCUCCAUAAAUCCAUUAAUGGUACAUUUGUAUUAUGAAGUAAAAAUAUAUUUGUCAUAAAACAUUUAAAAAUAAUAGUAAUACAUUGAGCACUUCAAAAUACAAAAUGGAAUACUGAUAGACACUAUCAUGUUUUGUUAAAGAAUACAUCGAUAUUAAAAAAUACUGUAUUGUGCAAAUAGGCUUUGUUCAUACACACUAAUCAAUGAAUAGAGCUUCUGAAUUUAAUCCAAAAUGUUUUCUCUACUACUGUAAUCUUACUAAUCUAAUCAUAUGCAACAGCUUUCCAUCUGAUGUGCUGCUGCUGUGACUCUAGACUAGACUAGCACCAAACCAGUGUUGGUAAAAAAAAAUCCCAUUAACCAAAUAUAUUGCAUUAAUAAAUAAAUACAAUAAUUACAAUAUCUAAGACUGCAAAUAUAUGUUAUGAGAGAUAAAAUUUUGAGAUGUGAUGAUAUUUUUAAACAAAUAAACCUUUUAAACAUCAA